UCCGUUUCUUUUUGUAUACAUGUCGAGGACGAUAGAGCCAUUGACUGUAGGAAGAGUGAUAGGAGAAGUUGUCGACAUCUUCACCCCAAGUGUGAAACUGAAUGUAGUUUACAAUCCAAACAAGCAAGUUGCUAAUGGACAUGAGCUCAUGCCUUCUGUCAUUGCUGCAAAACCUCGCGUCGACAUCGGCGGUGACGAUAUGAGGACUGCUUAUACCUUACUAAUGACAGACCCUGAUUAUCCAGGCCCCAGCGAUCCAUACCUGAAAGAACAUCUCCACUGGAUGGUCACAGACAUUCCUGGGACCACUGAUGUCUCAUUUGGAAAAGAAACUGUGGAGUAUGAAACUCCAAAGCCGGUCGUAGGCAUUCACAGGUACGUGUUCUUGCUAUUCAAGCAGAGAGGAAGACAAACAGUGAGAGCUCCAGCUUCCAGGGACAAUUUCAACACCAGAAAAUUCUCGCAGGAGAACGAUCUUGGGCUGCCUGUGGCUGCCGUCUAUUUCAAUGCACAACGAGAAACUGCUGCUAGAAGAAGAUGAUGAUUAAUUACUACUGCAUAUAAAUAAGAUUAAAAAUGUCAUAAGAAGAUUGGAGACUUUAUCUCCUGCUGUGCUGGUCUUCCCUAUAGCGUGCAGGGAGGGCAUGCAUAUGAUGGUACGUAUUAGGGUUUGUUAUUUUGUACGCACAUAGGUAACAACUUACUAGGUUGUACCAGGUUUCUGGGACAGUAGUAGGUCCCAUAUGUCGCUUUUUGGUUAUCUGUUGAUUGUUGAUUGGUGAUACGGCUCAUGUAGCUAGGCAUCAUAGCUACGUGUCACCGUGCUAUUGGGACGUGAUAUGCAUAUAGGUAAUUGGUCGUUUCUAAAUUCUAAUGUAAUGGGUCCCGACUACUAAUGUAAUGUGAUACUCAUAGUAUAAUUCUUCUAGCGUUACUCAAAACCCUUUCAUCAAGCAAAAGAGCAUGCUGAUUUGAAAAUAACCAAGUUCGUUAGAAUGAUGUGUUUGAAUUAUGCAGAUCAAAAUUGACUUUCUUUACUUAGAGAAAACUAGUACAAUGUAAGAACAAUUCAAAGAGAAAGUCCAAAACAUGCAAGCAAAACACCAAUCCACAUAAAUAAAAAAAAUUACAUUAAAAAAGGCCCAAAACAGCUCAUAGCAACACAAAGAAAGAAAAAAACAGAGAUUUGAAAAAGUAAAGCAACCACCUCUA